AUGAAUCUAAUAACGUUGCUCUCAUCGCUGCUGAUUUGCCUUGCCAGCACUCAGGCGGAGAAUAUUUUAAUGAUUACCAUGUGCGGCACUAAGUCACACAAGAUUCCAUUUAUGGCACUAGCAAAUGGACUUAUAUCCAGAGGUCAUCACAUUACUUUCCUAAGCGGCUUUAAACCUGAGGUGCAGCACAAUGGUCUCGAGGAAGUUACACCAACACCAUUUGUUAAUUACAUACAAAACUAUAUGGAUUGGGAUCUGGUUGGUGCGCGUUACGAGGGAAAAUCGCCGAUACCUGUAUGGCGAGCGCUGCGCUAUCCCGCCGAGGCCUGCGACAGCUUACUCAGUGACAGCGCCACAAUCGACACUCUGAUGGCGAAAAAAUUUGAUUUGGCUAUUCUUGAUGGCGCAUUUCCAGAGUGUGCGCUCGGUUUGGUCCACCGGCUAGCUAUGCCAUUUAUGUACAUCAAUACAGUUGGCUUGUACACAGGCAGCUUGGCGAUGGCUGGUAAUCCGAAUGUGUACGCAAUAACUCCACAUGUCCUUACGGCACUGACACAAUCGAUGGAUUUCUUUCAACGUUUUCAGAAUGCCAUUACGCAUAUAUUGGCUGAGCUUUUGCACAAGUAUUGCGUGUCUCAGGUACACGCCGUAUUGCAGACCCACUUAGGACGGCAUGUGCCUCAUCCCUACACCAUGGCACACAAUGUUUCAUUUAUACUCCAAAACGGGCAUGCUUCCAUCACCUAUCCACGUCCAUUCUAUCCACAUGUCGCCGAGAUCGCCUGCAUCCAUUGCCGGCCAGCCGGCACGCUACCACGCGAGCUGGAAGACUUUAUGUCAUCAGCACGAACGGGUGUCAUCUACUACUCUAUGGGCUCAUCAGUGCGCACUGCAAAAAUGCCCGACGACUUUUACAAAACCAUGGUCAGCGUGUUUGCCCAAUUAUCAGAAUAUCAUGUGCUAUGGAAGUGGGAAGGUAAUGCUACACAAUUGGCUGGCCUGACACCGAAUGUGCGACUGAGUGCUUGGCUGCCGCAGCAAGACAUACUCGGCCAUCGACGGCUGAAGGCAUUCAUCACACACGGCGGUCUGCUGAGCAUGUACGAAGCUAUAUAUCAUGCGAUGCCAAUGGUAAUGCUGCCGGUGUUUUGCGAUCAUGACGUGAAUGUGGCAAAAGCGACUGCCGACGGCUAUGCCGUGCAUGUGCCACUCGAUGCACAUUUGACCAAGGCACAGAUGCUGCAUGCAAUACUCAAAGUCAUACACAAUGGCAAAUACAGAAGAGCAAUCAGAGCAAAGCGCGCACUGUUCCUGGAUCAGCCAGCGCCGCCACUGGAGACAGCGAUUUUUUGGACCGAAUAUACUUUGCGUCACAAAGGCGCAACUCAUUUGCUAGCACCUGAUCGGAAUCUUGGCUUCGUCGCCUACCACUCACUGGAUGUGAUCAGCGCUUGCUUUGUUGGUAUUCUGCUACUGCUGCUGCUGCUGCAUGCUGGGCUAAAAUAUCUGCGGCGAAUGCUACUUAGGGGCAAAGCUAAGAGGGAUUGA